AUGCUAUUUUUCCGUGAAGACCUAUCACACCGAGCAACCAAUUACCAAAUCGAUAUGGAAUAUAUGCUGAAAAUCCACAAUAUUCAUAUUUCGAUUGUAGAGAAAAACUUACCGAAUGUAACAGUGAAAAGAGUAUUCAAUGAUAUCACCCAAAAGACGUGUUCUAAAAAGAUCAAUGAACCAUCAAGACCUAACAAUCUUUGCCAAAUGAUGUGGAUGGUUGAUUUGAUUCGUCUUCAUUCCCACCGUCGUCCGGUGGACGCUGAUGUUCAACUUCCAUUUGAUUAA